AUAGGAAAAUCGCGAGAAGAACUCGAGCAAGCAACAACCAAUCACCCCCAAUCCCUUGCCACCGUGAACGCGUGAUCAAUUUGACCGCUUGAUGGAUUUGCAAUCAUAAACAAAGCAGAAAAAAAAUACAAAGCGAGUCGUGAUCAGCGAUCAGAUGCGGCUACCUUGUCCGCGAGCGCGCACAUGGAUUCUCCAGCUUAGCUGGGCGAGCAAGCGAGCGAGCUGAGGCAGCUGCGGCUGCGGCGGCGGUAGGCAGCUCGCUCGCGCGGAUCUCGGCAUGGCGGGCGGCGGCGGCGGCGGGGGAGAAGGAGGGUGGGCGGAGCUGUACGGGCCGUGCGCCGGGAUGGUGCUGGUGCAGUGGUUCUACGCGCUGGUGGACAUGGCGCUCAAGGAGGCGUACGGGAUGGGGAUGUGCCCCAUCGUCUUCGUCGCCUACCGCCAGGGCAUCGCCGCCGCCGCGCUGCUCCUCGCCUCGCUCGCCGCGCGGGGGUGGGACCUGCGCCCCCACAUGGCCGUCGGCGCCCGGGCGUUCGCGCUCCUCUUCGCCGCCUCCCUCGCCAGCGCGACGGGGCAGUACUUCUACUUCCAGGGGCUCCAGCUCGCGUCGCCGUCCAUGGCGAGGGCCACCACCAACCUCGCCCCAGGCAUCACCUUCGCCAUCGCCGCCGUCAUCGGGUUGGAGAAGGUGGAUUUGAGGAGCUCGAGGAGCUGGGCCAAGAUCGCCGGCACCGUCGUCUGCCUCGCCGGGGCGAUGGCCAUGGCGUUCUUCAAGGGGCCCAAGCUCCUCGGCGGGCUUCCCCACGCAGCGGCAGCCGCCGAUGAUGACUGGGUGAAAGGAGGCAUCUACCUUAUCGGAAACGCUUUCUGUGUCUCCAUUUGGUACAUCUUGCAGGUGCCAGUUUGCAGAUCAUACCUUGAUCCACUGUCUCUGGCAACAUGGAUGUGCGUCUUAGCAACAUUACAGUGCGCCGUGAUGGCAUUCUUCCUAGAAUCAAACUACUUGGAGAUUUGGAAGCUUUCUUCGGUUUGGGAGCUUCCCUGCAUCUUAUAUGGAGGUGUUUUCGCCUCAGGCGCAAACUUCUUUCUCCAAUCCUGGUGCAUAUCAGUGAAAGGCCCCCUUUAUAGCGCAAUCUUUACACCACUGAGUGCGGUGAUCACAACAGUAUUAUCUACAAUUUUUCUUCAUGAGGAACUCCAUAUAGGAAGCAUAAUAGGUGCAAUUGCAAUCAUCAUUGGUUUGUAUGUUGUGCUAUGGGGUAAAGCAGAAGACGUGAAGAGUGAGAGGCUGACCAUCCAGUCAAAUAAUUCCAAAAUGAUACUUGAACCUGAAUGUACAGGCCUCAAAAUUGAAUGUGGAACCAAUCUUUCAGCACCAUUGUUAUCUGAAAUUACAAAUGCCAAUACUUGCACAUGCUAAUGAGACUUGCCUAUGACUUGAUAAUUGACUGUUUUCCAUUUUUUUUAUCGCAUAUUAGCAAAUGUGUUUAUGAUUCGGGAGUCCUUCACUGCACUGCGAACAAAUGCAUAACCUGUUAGACUGCUCAACUUGAUUCUUAACGCAGCCCUAUUCCAUCUAUUUCAUGAUGUAAGACUUUCUAAUCUUAUCUACAUUUAUAUGGAUAUAAAUAA